UGCCGGCUUGGUAUUUUCACACGCUAAUUAUUAUUUACAUCGCGGACAGCCGAGCUUUUUGAUAAGCAAAUGUGUUACUCACUCGCACAUGGCGAGUGGGGUGUUUGCCCAGACGCUCGGCGAGGGUCCUGCGAAACCGGGGGUGUGCUGUGUGCUGGCUGGCCACUAAUAAUAGUCAAAUAUGGGAGCGCAUUAUUUGUUCGGUGUCGAAUAUGGCGUUUUGCAAUUUAAGGUCGUGUAUUUGGCCACUCGAGAACAGUUCUCGUCCGGAGGUCCUGCUGCGAGUGUCCCGCGUUACCAGAUACCAUGGAAAUAUCCCAGCCCAGCAUCGGCAUCUUCUACAUCAGCAAAGUGCUGGCCCUGGCUCCAUAUGCCACGCGGCUGAAUUCCAAGGGCCAUGUGGAAAUCCGUCGCAGCUGGCUGUUUACGGUUUACUCGGCCACUUUGACGUUGGUCAUGGUUUUUCUCACCUACCGGGGACUUCUGUUCGAUGCCAACUCCGAAGUACCCGUGCGAAUGAAGUCGGCAACGUCGAAGGUGGUGACUGCUUUGGACGUUUCUGUGGUGGUGAUGGCCAUCGUUUCGGGUGUUUACUGUGGCCUUUUCAGCCUGAACGACACCCUCGAGCUGAAUGGGCGUCUGAACAGGAUCGACAGCACUCUAAAUGGCUACAACAACUUCCGGAGGGAUCGGUGGCGAGCGCUCUCCAUGGCUGUGGUCUCCUUGGUGGCCAUUUCCCUUCUGGUCGGCCUGGAUGUGGGCACCUGGAUGCGCAUUGCCCAGGACUUGAACAUAGCGCAGACGGAUACGGAGCUUAAUGUUCAUUGGUACAUACCAUUUUACGGCCUCUACUUUAUCCUCACGGGCCUGCAAAUUAACUUUGCAAACACCGCCUACGGGCUGGGGAGGCGGUUUAGACGCCUGAACCGAAUGCUUUCCAGCAGCUUUCUAGGCGAGAACACCGCCUCCAGUGCCGUCAAGCCGCAAAUGGUCAGCACUGUGAAGAACAUCAGCGUGAAUCGUUCUGCGAUGCCACCUGCGCUGCACGCCAGCCUCACGAAACUGAACGGAGAAACUCUGCCCAGCGAAUCCGCAGGUGACAAGGCAGCCGCCCGCAGUGUAAUCCUCAACGUGGAGUUACUCAAAUUGGGUUAUUUUCCAGCCAAGAACAAGGGUCUGCUCCUCAAGGCUCUGGCGGACAGUCACGAGUCGCUGGGCAAGUGUGUCCACCUCCUGUCCAACUCCUUUGGCGUGGCGGUGCUCUUCAUCCUGGUCUCCUGCCUGCUGCAUCUGGUGGCCACAGCCUACUUUCUGUUUCUGGAACUGCUCAGCAAGCGGGACAACGGCUACCUGUGGGUGCAGAUGCUCUGGAUAUGCUUUCAUUUUCUGAGAUUGCUCAUGGUGGUGGAGCCGUGUCACCUCGCUGCCCGAGAGUCGCGCAAGACCAUUCAGAUUGUUUGCGAGAUCGAGCGGAAAGUGCACGAGCCCAUCCUGGCGGAGGCGGUGAAGAAGUUCUGGCAGCAGUUGCUCGUGGUCGAUGCCGACUUCUCCGCCUGCGGUUUGUGUCGCGUCAAUCGCACCAUCCUGACAUCGUUCUCCUCGGCCAUCGCCACCUAUCUCGUGAUACUCAUUCAGUUCCAAAGGACCAACGGCUAGGACGUGAAAGCAGUUGUUAGACAUAUAAAAAAGAUGCUUUUCUUUAUUAACACUAUUCACUAAACGGAGU